CUGGUAUUGUAGCUCGAGGUAUAGGUACAGCUGUUACUCUUGUAAAGCUGCAUGAUACCUUGAGUUUCCCAUCUGACAAUAUUGAAGAGACACCCGGUAUAUAGAAGCUAGAUUGAGGUCUGAUGCGCGUGCAUAAAAACCAGGAAGAAGUGUGUAGAGAAUGGAGCACUGCGAUAUACUGGAAAUGACUAGGGCAUUCUUUUCACAACACAAAACACAAAAGGAAUGUGCAGGACUGAAUGAAAGUAUAUCGUUAUUUCCUGUCUCUCCUGUGAAUAUUCCUGAUCCUCGUAUUACAAAUACGCGAGUCGCGCGUAAAAAGCAUAAUUUACCACAUCGCUUAAGAGCACUGAGAAGUCCCAAACGAACAAUAAAAAUGACAAAGUGCCCAUGCAAUGAAUUAAAGGGUACUGCGGAUAAAUCAUUAGAAGGCUUGAAGAAAACUUCAGUUUCUUAUCCAGCUUUACCCGAAUCGGUGAUACAAGAUGCAUCCAUAAGAGUGAUGUUGGCUUUAGAGGAUGAAAGAGGCGAAAGUAAUAAAAGUAUAUUAGACCUUCGCAUGAGAAACUUCAAAAGAUUGUUCAGUACAAGUGAUGAAAGUAAAAUGAGUAAUCCUCUUUUAAGUUCUUCAGCUAGAUCUUCAAUUGUGAGUAUACAUAAUCCAUACAAAGAAAAACAUGAUAAGGCUAAGAUGGGAGUAGCUGCUCUUUUAAUAAAAUCUAUACAUAGCGUACCUUUAGAAAAUGUUCAUGAAGAUAAUGAAACAAUGGCAUCCACUCCAGCAUCUGAUAAUAUGAAAGAACAUGAAAAUGAUACUGAAGAAAAAUAUGAAAAUCAAAUGAAAGAAGAUGCUUAUACAAAUGAAAGUAUAAAGUCAGAAAUCAGAGCAAAGAAACAACAUGAUUCCUCCUUCGAGGAAAAUACAUCUAGUUCUAAUAAUGUGUCUGAUGAAUCUUCAAUAGAUAGUACCAGUUACAAUGUUUUGAGUGACUCAAAGUUUUCCAUUGAUGAAGAGUUAGGAACAAGUAAUAUAUUGAUAAGAAGGCUUACUAGAACCAAUACUUUUCCCCCAUUAAAACCUAAAUUGCCAAAAAUCAGAUUGCCAAGUAGGGAUAGCGACACGUGUCCUCUUCAAGAAAGUACACCUCCACUGUUCAGAUGUUUGUCCACGAAUCACAUACCGUAUAAUGCAGAAUUUACUGUCAGUUCACGAAUUAAGAAGAGCAAACAACGUGUGCGAACAAUGGCAAUCAAUGAUGCUUCAUCUAAGGCUACAUCAGAAUUUAAUACAAAUGUGGAAAACAAAGAUUUGCAACGUCAAGAGAUACACAACUCAUCAGAUUUUGAUCGUCCAUUGGCGACGAGUACUCCGGAAGAAAUUCCUCCUCCUUUUUUUCCAGAAACUGAAAUUAAAUCCAUUACUCCUGUUUCUGAGAAGCGUGAAAUACCUGAAAUCGCAGUGCCAGAAAACAAUGAAAAUUACGUUCUCAGUACUACUGAAUAUGAUACUUCCACUAAUUUGGAUAAUAUUGGAAAUUUAUCUUAUGCUGAUGAUUCUGAAGUAUCUGUCUCAGCAUAUUCUUUAUUGCAAAAUGCAAGUGACACUGAAAAUAAAGAUAAAACAAUAGAUGAGGAGAAAAAAUAUUCUUCAUCGCUCAAAGAAGCAGACAGUGUUGCUUACAAAGAAUCUUUUAAGAACGAAUGUUUGGAAAAAAUGGAAGAACGAAACACGAAGAGUACACCAGAGUUGAGUUCGUCAACGCAUUCGUUACCAUCCUUGAAACAGUUUAAAGAGUCUACCGUACAAUCCAAUUUAAGAAAAAAAAGUAGAGAUACUCUAGCAUCAAAAACUUCUUCUAGUGCAGAAAGUUUGAUACAGUCUUCGAGCAAUGAAUUAUAUGAUGUAGCACACCAGAAUAGACAACGUCGUAUGUUAGAUUUAAUUAAAAUAAUUGACACAAAGAUGAUGGUACAUCCAGAACAUCAAACUGUCAGCAAUGGUGGUCGUUUCAAAAGGAAGAAACGUGAUAGAAUACAUAGAAAUUUUAAUCCCCAGAAUUUACGGAAAACAUUGCACAAUCAGUAUUUAAGAAAACAUAUGCGAAAUUACAAGAAUGCAGAAGUGGUAUACUCGUCCCCACUUUCAAAGGAUCUCCCGCUAGAUGAAUCCGCACCACCAUCAAUUAUGACACCCGACUCCUCUUCCUAUAACUCCUCUCUAGAAAGUAUAAUCAUUCAAUCACAUUUAUGCAGAACUGAAUCAUUUCAUUUAGAUGAAAACGUUCUCACCAAAAGAUCUACAGCUAAUUUAAAAUCUCAUGAAAUUGCUGCUAGAGAAUUAACUGUAGAUACUCCAAGCAGCGAUUCACUUAAAUGUAGUAGUGAUAUUGUAGAAAUGAAGCAACUAAAGCCAAAUGACACUAACCUUUCAGUCUCACCUGCAUCUGUAGAUCAUGUAGAAAAUAAUAGUCAUAGCAUUUAUAAUACAGAAGAAAUAUCGAAUCAUAAUGAAUUCACUAAUAUUACUAACACUGCUAAUAUGACUUACAACUCGUGUGUGUCCCAUCCUUCUCCCAAUCAUAGGCAACAAGAUGAGGCAUCUUUAAGUCCAUCUUAUCCACUUCCGGCUGUUCCUUCUAUGGUUUCAAAAGUAUGUCAGUUACCAACGACUAAGGCACAACCUACUGUUUCAUUGCAUCGAAGGUCCAGUGAUUCUGAUUUGAGCAUUACUCCAAAAGGUAAUUCUUUUGGAACAAAUGAUAAAUCAAUGACUGGAUUAUUGAAAACAUCAACUGCUGUUAUAAGAACUAUGAAUCAGGAUGCAUUUGAAAUGUUAGAAUAUCCAUUUAUUACGAUGCAACAGUAUCCACCUGGAUUUAUUCUUCAUAUUGGUGGUCUUGUAAGUUCAAGGUCAGUGAAGCUUUUAGAAAGAAUUAGCAACUUGGAAGAACCAGAGAGUCGUGAUUCUUGGUGGAAAGAAGUUAGGAUGGAAGUUAGAUCACACGCAAGAGCAUUAGCUUGCAAUGUUGUCAUCGGUUACAGAGAAGAAACAAGUAUUUGUGAUGAUGUCUGUGUGCUGAACGCAUAUGGUACUGCAGCAGUGAUCAACUUUCACAACUCCAAUCAGGAUUCAGACAAUGUUUUUAUCAGUAGCAAAGGACAAUUAGGAUCCGGUACAAAUUCUGCUGAGACAGAACGCGAAAAAGCUCAACAAAAAUCAGUCCCUAUAAAAGUAGAGAAAAGCGAUACCGAUACAUCCGCGCCCACCUCAGCUACCCAAACUGGCAAAGUAAGGCAUAUAUCGGAGAGUAAAGAUCACGAAGUUCAGAUUCAUAGUAAAUGUAGUUUGUGCCAUCUCCCCUAUAACGAAUCAAGCGUCCCAUUUCGUGUGAAUGUUUCAAAGUGUGCUGUUUGUAAACGUGCUAGAGUACCAGACGUGAUGUUCACGACUAUAGAAUUACCAGAAAAUCUGUCAACAACCGGAAGAGGAUGUAUCAUACAGGCCAUCGCGUGUAAAGCUAAGAAAGAUCUCAGAGGAGAACUAAAUGCCAAAGAGAUAUCAGACUGUUUGCCAUUCUUAGAAUACGAAUUACACAGUUUACUCUUAAACAAGCUAAAAGUGAAAGGGAUGAACGCGAUAUUUGGCUUGAAGCUACAAGUUUCUGUCGGGGAGCGACUGAUAAUUGGUAUGGCUGUGGGUACUGCUGUUUUUGUAGCCGCAUUGCCUACUCCGUCCAUUCCACAGAUCGCAUCCGGAAAUUCUUGGCACAAAGAGGAACAGCUAGCAGAGAUCCAAAAGACUUUGGUCGAGACUGUCAAACAGAACAGAGAGUUUUAUCGUCUUAAACCAGUUGGCGAUGUUGAAAAUGGACGAGUGACGACUUCAGACACCGAUGAAUCGGACGAUGAACUGCCUGACUUAGAUUUUAGCGUAGGUCCAAGGGAUACUUGCGUAUUAGAAGUAGAUGACAUUGAGGAUAUGGAUAGAAUUUCAUUGUUAAUGGACGAUAGACCACCCGAUGAUUUUCACGUAGUAAAUACUCAGACGAUUCCUGGUCUAGACGACCUGGAGAUUGUAAGAAAUUUACAGAUGUUCACCCAGAUCUCAAGGACAAAAAUUCCUGCUGGACAAUUCGCGUCUAUGCCUUCAAAGUAUUUUACCAAGUUACUUCAGUCAGUAUACUUUAAAUUAAGAAGAAUGAUUCCUUGUGCACUUUGUGAUAUGCAAUUUAAGCUAGCACUACCUGAACCAGAUGAGAUACAGUUUACAGUGAUUGGAAUGGCUCUUGGGUUAGGAGAACCUCUUAAAAUAAACAAAUCUAAAAAGAAACCAAUGAGCCACUCUGUAAGCAAGGAUCAGGUUAAAAAGUCAGAUGACAGUGAUAUGAUAUUUAACAUCGACGUAGAUCACACUGAAGUUUCAUCGGAUAAUGCAUCCAGCAGCAAUAUAAAUUCAUCUACUUUAAUUAAUGCAGCAGCAUUGAAAAUACGGACGCGGUCGCCCCUGCGUUCUAAAGUUCAUACAACAUAUAAACACAAACAUGUGCCUUUAAAGGGAAGAUAUGGCGUGGACAUAACACCUCUGUCUUAUUUACCUGGAGGUCGUAUCGAGAGAUACCUAGGAAACUUAAAUUUCUUCUUUAUUCGGGAGAGCACAUCCAUUAGAGAGAAUGGUGGUUUAAGCGGAUUUACGCACAGUUUCGUGAUGGAAGUCUUAGCAAUUGUUCGCGCACACAUUACAGCCUUGGGAGGCAAUGCGAUGGUGGCAUUUUUUAUGACCAAGUGCGUGCUGCUUCACAGCCCUCAUAAAAAUCAAGGCCAAUGUCUGAUCAAUGUCGGCGGGGACGUAGUAUCUGUAUCUUAUUUUGCGGACGAGAAGCAAACUGGAGCCUUAAAUUGCUGACCCCAACCUCCUCAUUCUGCGCCCCCAUAGCUACAAUUGCACUCCGAGAAGCAGCGACGAAAAUUCGACUUCUCACUAAUCGAUGAACGUCGUUAGUUAUGUUGGACGGAUCGUAUCUCUUUAUCCUGUGAUAGAUUAGGGCUUGUAAAUAAUCGAGUCUCUAGUUCAUAAGUAUUGUAAUUCGUAUAAGCCCUAAAAUCUUGGUCAAAGUAGAUAAGCUUAUUGAAAUAUGUACUUAUGUACUUUUAGUCAAUCUGCUUUUAUGUAAUGGUACAAUAAUUGUGUUGUAUAACGCACAUACAGUUAAGCAACUCUAGGGACACAUAUCGAAAAUUCUAAAGCUGCUUCGACGAUUAGGUGCCUUCAGAAUUGUACAUAAACGAGUUUUCAAUUUGUUUAUUGCUGUUAAAGGCAAACUGUAUAAUUCGGGCAUCUGAAACGCGUCUCAAUCGAUCAAAAACGAAACCAAAAAUAAAAGAGAGUAGAUAUUCUUUUAAGAGUAUUGUACUGAGUUUUGAAAAUUGUUCUAGAAUGUUCCCACGAAACAUAGUCUGGUAAGGUUUGUCGUUUUUAAAAGACGAAGGUAUAAGCAUGAUAAUCGAUGUUAAUGUGAAUGGAUGUUAGUCUCCUUUGGAAUAUGGUAAAAAUCGAUGGCGUGUGCAAAUUGAUCUGACAGGAAAUAUUCAAGAAUAUGGAAUUGUUUGUGAUUCUGUAGAUAAUAGAGUGAUAAAAGAUUAUACAAGCAAUUUCCAUCGAAACGGGAAAAUUACUCAAAUUUCGCAAUUUUUAUCCUCUUAAGAUUUUUUUUUAGAGAAUGACUAGAUAUCGUACAAUUCACCAAGUACCUUGUACAUCGGAUUAUUAUGCAUGUAUAUUCAAUCCUUUACAAUUGUUGUUUCUAAAUAGACAUUCUUUAUCCUUGUGAUCCAACAGUUAUUGUACAAACAUUAAACCACACAGUGAAUGUGCAUUGUAAAAUGAA